CAUCAACAAGCAUCGAGAAGAAAAUCAUUCACUGAAUCUUCAGAGCAUCGAGUGUGUUCAAGAGCAAGAGGAAAAUGAAGUCUGCUGCAGUUUUUGUUGUCUUUGCUGGUCUACUUAUUGUUUAUGUACAAGGACAGGCCAGGACAAGUUCAUCGAGGUGUUUGUGUCAGGGUCCUCUGGCCAAUGUAGUUCGUUUACAACGUAUUGACAAGAUAGAAUUUUAUCCUGUUAGUGCAUCUUGUGAAAAUGCGGAAAUCAUUGUCACUCUGAAGAACGGUGCAGGGAAAAAAUGCUUGAAUCCAAAAUCAGAAUUUACUCAGAAAUACAUCAGUGCUUUGUUAGAAAAAAGAAGUGCUGAGUAAAUGUCUGACAUUACUGAGCUGAAGUGAAAAUAGAGGGCACAAAGGCAGCUUAAUAUAUUUUAAAUGUUGUACAAAAUGUAUAUAAGUUUUAAAUGUUAUGUAUAUUUGUUUUUUAUGGGUUUUUUUUUAUUGUACAAACUGU